CGGCUCCGGCGGCGACGCUCGCUGCUUGCUGCUGCCGCGCCACCGGUGUCAACGUCCCUCCAGAGACUCCAUUUGCUCUCAGGGCGUUCUGGCAGCUUCUCAGGCAGGCGGAGAGCGAUGCCCCCGGUCCGUGGACUGGCGUCCCCUGGGCCAAGCAGCCGCUUGCUUGCUGGCUUGCUGCGGCGGUGACACCCUGGUCGCCAGCGGCCACGGAGGAAUCCGGGCUCCCUCCGCGUGAGCAAAGACGUCCCGCGCUCCAGAGCUCGCCCUGCGGGGAGAGGCCCACGCUUACGCGGCUUCUCUCUGACCUCUUAAUUUCAGGAGGUUUCGGAGGCUCCGAGUGCCUACACAGCCCCCCACAGGAACUACAGUACUUCUGUUGGCCCAUUGAGGAUCAUCCUUCACCAGGAUUAUUGUAACAUCAUUACUGAGCCUUCCACCCAUACCCUCUACCAUGAGUCCUGAUUUCUACCAAUGAAAAUUUAAUGCUUGCUUUAAUCAUAUGACAACACCUCUUGUCUACCCCUUUUCCUUUCCAAUUGCUGAAUACAUUAGGUAUAAGUUUGUGUCGUGUUAAAGUACAAAGUUUUCUGCCUGUUCACUUUUGCCUUAUUUGCACUGCUCACUUCUGCCCAGCCUGCCUUACUUUGCUUAUGAUUUCCAUAACGACUCACUUGUGUAACCUGUAGAGCAGUCGUUGCCUGAAGAGGCAGCAUUCCAUACAAUAAUACACUGCCUGAAAAAAAAAAGUUAUGGGAUGAGUUUUCCCACUAUAUUUAACUAUAUGUCAAGUCUGGAAGUCUUCUCUUAAACUAUUUAUUCCUCAGCACAAUUCCCAAAAUACUUACACCUGAGUUUUAGUUCCUUUAGCAAAGAACCUCACCUGUAAUGAUGGCAAGAACUGAGUGUGCAAUAAGACUGUUUUAGAGACCUUGCUAAUACAAUAUUGGUUGCAGUCUCCAUUGAGAUUGUAGUUCUUGAAAAAACCUUAAACUAAAUGAGGAAGAGAGAUAGAGACACUAGGGUUAAUUAGAGCUAGUCCUUGUAGAAGGAACUUUGUAAGUUUUGAAAUAGCAAAGUGAAGAGAGCCACAUAGGCCUUGCCUGGAAAUUAGCCAGCACAGGAUUCAUCUAGGUCCUAGGAAGACAGGGGAGGAAUUUUAAAACCCCAUUUCUAGUCUCAUUGUGUUCAAAUCUAAGUUGUUAAAUAUCUUGCUCUAGUCAUCUCCUGAAAUAUUAGACAUUAAAAUGUUGGGGAAACGUAAACGCGUGGUGUUGACAAUUAAGGACAAGCUUGACAUUAUUAAGAAACUAGAAGAAGGUAUCUCUUUCAAAAAACUUUCUUUGGUGUAUGGAAUUGGUGAAUCCACAGUUCGUGAUAUUAAAAAGAACAAAGAAAGGAUAAUAAACUAUGCAAAUAGUUCAGAUCCUACAAGUGGGGUAUCCAAACGUAAAUCUAUGAAGUCAUCAACAUAUGAGGAACUUGAUAGAGUUAUGAUAGAGUGGUUUAACCAACAGAAAACAGAUGGGAUUCCAGUGUCUGGAACGAUUUGUGCAAAACAAGCCAAGUUCUUUUUUGAUGCUUUGGGGAUGGAAGGUGAUUUUAAUGCAUCAUCUGGCUGGCUAACUCGUUUUAAGCAGCGCCAUGGUAUUCCAAAGGCUGCUGGUAAAGGAACAAAAUUAAAAGGAGAUGAAACUGCUGCCAAUGAAUUUUGUGGUAACUUUCAGGAAUUUGUUGAGAGAGAGAAUCUACAACCAGAGCAAAUUUAUGGUGCUGAUCAAACUGGAUUGUUUUGGAAAUGUUUACCAUCAAGGACAUUAGCUCUUGAAACUGAGCACAGUACUUCUGGUUAUAGGUCAAGCAGAGAGCGAAUCAUUAUUAUGUGUUGUGCAAAUGCCACAGGUUUACACAAACUGAAUCUUUGUGUUGUGGGAAAAGCAAAAAAACCCCGUGCAUUCAAAGGAACUGACAUUUCAAACCUUCCUGUCACUUAUUUCAGUCAAAAAAGUGCAUGGAUAGAACAUUCUGUUUUCAGGCAGUGGUUUGAAAAAUACUUUGUGCCACAGGUACAGAAGCAUUUGAAAUCCAAGGGUCUUCUAGAAAAAGCAGUGCUGCUUUUGGAUUUUCCACCAGCACAUCCAGAUGAAGAAUUGUUGAGUUCAGAUGAUGGCAGAAUAAUUGUGAAAUAUUUGCCACCAAAUGUCACAAGUCUAAUUCAACCUAUGAGCCAGGGAGUUCUAGCCACGUUAAAAAGAUACUACCGUGCAGGACUUCUACAGAAAUACAUGGAUGAAGGAAUUGACCCAAAAAUGUUUUGGAAGAACUUGACAGUGUUGGAUGCAAUUUAUGAAGUAUCAAGAGCUUGGAAUAUGGUAAAAUCAAGUACCAUAACCAAGGCAUGGAAAAAACUUUUCCCUGGCAAUGAAGAGAAUUCAGGUAUGAACAUUGAUGAAGGAGCCAUUUUAGCAGCUAACUUAGCAACGGUUUUACAGAAUACAGAAGACUGUGAACAUGUUGACAUUGAGAACAUUGAUCAGUGGUUUGAUUCCCGGAGUAAUGACUCAAGCUGUCGGGUGCUAACUGACAGUGAAGGUGCUGAGGACCAGUCCAAGCCUGCUGAGCAAAAGCCCUCCAACAAGACUAGAAAAACAGAGCUGCAUCCAGAGAGGCACAUUAGCCAUAAAGCUGCACUUGAAUGGACUGAUAAUUUACUGGAUUAUCUAGAACAACAGGAUGACAUGCUUCUGUCUGAUAAACUGGUAUUACGGAGACUUCGAACGAUAAUAAGAAGAAAGCAGAAGAUCCAAAAUAACAAAAAUCAUUAAUAGUGCUCUUAAGGGUUUCAGUGUAUUUACAUUUUUGUGACUUUAUCUUCAGUGGAAAUUAUCUUGCUUGAAGUACUAUGGAUUUCAAGGCCAAAUACAUUUUAUAAAUGAUUUUAGGAUUAGAUGCCAUUUUGGAUUACUUAAAUUACUGCUCUUUAACGUCGAUCUUAGUAAGUGAGCGUUGACAUGUAACUUGUCUGUCAUCUGUUUCUAAUCUGUAUUAUACUAAUUAGAUCAUAAGGUUCCUGAGGCCAGGGAUCUUAUGUCUGUUUUGUGCCUGAAUUUCAUUGUGUCUAAUAGAGGACCGUGCACACUAUAGGCAAUCAAUAAAUCUUACUUAAAUUGAAUUUUUAUG